AUGAGUAAUACAAAUGUAUUGAAAGACAUCCAUACAGUACUAAAAGCAUUUGAUGAAAGUUAUUAUGAUUUGAAAAAGGGAGGCAUUUACAAGCUUUACCAUGAUAUUAAAUUAGUAUGUACCAUGCUGAUCCACUACUAUAAUCCAGGUACCAGAAAUUAUCAAAUUGUAGAUAAAUUUUAUAAAUUUGCUUCGGAAUUGAUUCUAAGAGAAUGCUAUAACAUUGGACUCCAAUUAAUCAAAAAUAUCGAUAUUAUAGAUUCCACAGAUAAGGAUAUCGAUACGGAUGAGGUAAAAAAUAACACCGAAUUAGAUAAAGCAAUAAGUAGAGACUUCAUCAAAAUCUCAACCAGUUAUAAAAUUCCAAUCCCAGAGACAUACCACAUAAAGACUAAAGAUAUGGAACUAUUUUCAUCUAUUAUCACCAAGUCUCCGUUGGACCAUCGAGUCAGGGAAUUGCCUAAUAACAAUUUUGAAAUUAAUAAGAUUAUCCCACAGACAAAUCUUUUUGAAGAAGCUCCAAGAUUAGGGUUUAUGGCUGCAAACACUAGCAAUGUUCCAGAUCCAACAUUACCUCCAACUGAAAUUAUGUCAAGAUUUUUACAUCCAAACUGGUAUGCAUUACCAACUACUACGUGGUUAAAAUAUGGUGAUUAUGACUCAUUUGCUCCAGCCUUUAAUGAGAGUGGUACUAUAUUAGAUGCUACAGCAAGAGGUGUAAUGUGGUUGAAAAGAAUCGGAUAUCUAGAUCUAAUAUCAUUGGCCGACAAUAAAUCAGAAAAACACAACACUACCUCUGCUAUUACUGUUGAUAAUAAUGAAAUUAAGAAGAAUAAAUCAAAACAAGAGGAUUUAUUACCACAAAAAGAAGACAAAAUAUCUGACGAAAAACCAACAAGUCAUGAGAACACUAAUGAUAGCCUUAAUACUGAUAGUAAUAAACUUCCAAAGGAACAAAUAAUAGAAACAGAAAAGGAACAAACCAAAAUAAAUAACGAUCAUAAGGAUCCUGAAAACAACAUUAAUAAUAGUGAUAACAAUAAAUCCUCUAAUUUAAAUCUUGAAAAUAUACUCUCAUGGCAUCCAUCUCACUACAUUGAUGAAGAUGAAAUUAAAGCAUUCCAAGAAGGUACACAAUCCAUACUGGUCAAGAAACUGUUAUUGCAAAUUCAGAAAUUAAGGAGAGAAAGAGUAUUGAAUAAAAUCUCAAAACCAUCACAUGAAGAAACAAGAUUGUAUUUUAAAGCUAAAAGAAUACUAAAACAAAUCAUAAUAAAUAAACAAGUUAAAAGCUUACCUAUCUAUAAUUCAAACUCAUUCCCAAUUAUGCAAGCCAAUUAUAGUGGUACCAUCCCAGUUGUACGCAUACAUAUUGGUAGAAAAAGGAAAUAUAAUACUAAAAAAAAUUAA